AUGGCAGAGGGUACGACAAAUGUGCCGGGAGCGGAACGAUCGGUGUCCAAGGAAAUAGAACUUGAGAAGCUUCGACUGGAGCGUUUGCGCCUAGAACUAGAGUUGUGUAAAGCAAAAGCAGCGAGAACUAGUGAGGCGAGUUAUACUCUAGGGGAGUUUAAGGAUAAUGGUGACCAAAUCCUGAAGUAUUCGCAGCUUAUGCGAGGGGUGCUGACAAUGAUACCUGACGCAGAGUCAAGGGUGCCGUCGUGGUUUGAUGGCGUGGAAACUAUGUUUCUGUCAUUUGCGGUUCCGGACGAAAUCAAAGGCGCGAUUAUCAUGCCGUUUUUAACCGAAAAGGUUCGCGGAGCGGUGUCACGUGGUGUGACGGGAAAAUUGAUCAGCUAUGACGAACUGAAGGAGAGGGUACUAUCCGAAAUGCGACUUUCCCCUGCAGAAUACUACAGAAUGUUUCGUUCGGCAGUCAAGCAGGAGGAUGAAACAUGGGUCCAACUCGCUACUAGGCUAACUAGUUACUGGGAGUUUUAUGUGAAAAGUAGAGAAGUAUCAGACUUCGAUAAACUCAUGGAGUUAGUUGUAGCGGACCAGAUGAAAAUGACCAUGAGUGAGGGUAUGCAAUCCUAUGUGGCCCUUAAUGAGUCAGAGAAAUGGUUAAAGCCUGAAGAACUUGCAAAAUUGGCCGAAUGCCACGAGGAAAGCAGGUCAAGAAAGGGUGGACCACAUCCACGUAGUUUCGAAGAGGCACCACGUACUAGACGUGCGGAAAUGAAUGAUAGACCGCAACGGAAAGAUAUUGAUAGAGGACCCAAGCACGAGAGUCGCAGAUGCCACUUUUGUAAACAAGUAGGCCACUACAGAAACGAAUGCCCGAAAAGGCUUGCCGCGCAGGCGGAGACUAAGCCCAAAACAGUAGCUAGAGUUGAGCAAAUGCCGCCACCCAGGGUGGAAGCUGAGCGCGUCGACGACACCGACAAGCGGGUGAUCACUGAGAGCGAAAAUCAGAACCGACAUGUAAACAUAGGAUCGGGAAGCUCAGAAUUUGUUGCGCUCGUGGAUUCGGGGGCUGAUAUUACCGUGAUUCGGAGGUCAGUAGUGCCUCAUCUAGGAGGGAAUGCCGGUACGUUGACGAAACUGCGGGAUGCGUUUGGGCAUGUAGUGCACGCAGAAUUGAGGGAAGUACCGCUGCACCUGGUGGAAUCGUUUGAAGGUAGUGGGAUUCCUGAAUUGAUUCUAGUUUGCGCUGUAACUGACGAGCUUGCACCAAACCUAGAUGCCCUCCUCACACCUGAGGACUAUGAACAGCUAAAGCUUGUACGAACGAACGCGGAGCAGCUAGAGGCUCAGUUCGAUGACAAUGAAUGUAGAGUAGAAACUGCGCUAGAGUUCGAGGAAGAGAACAUAGACGCGCUUGUCGCUAGCGUAGGGAUAACUGAGAGUCGUGACGCUGAUAAUGAGGACCACGCAGAAGGUAUGGAUACCUACAGGUCAUUUCGUAGGGAGCAAUUGGCUGACGAGUCUUUGAAAGAAGCGUGGGAGCAGGCGAAGCAGGGUACGCAUGGUAUGAUCACUACGGAUGGAAUGUUGUUCCAUAAGGAUCACGUCAGUCAACGUAUGUGCACGCAGCUAGUCUUGCCAAAAGCUCGCCGAAAAACUGUUUUGGAAAUUGCGCACGACGCACCAGUGGGAGGACACUUUGCGCAAAGGAAAACAAUACAACGCAUAAAGAAUUCCUUCUAUUGGCCGGGAAUGGAUAGGGACAUAAAACAGUACUGCCAAAGUUGUCAUAGCUGUCAGAUUAACUCUGGGCAACGGGCAAGCGAUAAGGUCCCAAUCACGCCACUAACUAGACCAAGCGCGCCAUUUAAAACGGUUAUGAUGGACUGUAUCGGGCCCCUCGACCCACCCUCAUCACGUGGGCACCGUUACGCACUCUGCGUGGUAGAUCUCUGCACACGAUGGCCAGAAGUGGUCUGUCUGCGUUCACUAACCGCGAAAGCCACAUGCGAUGCACUUGUUGAGAUAUUUUCGCGAAUGGGGACACCGGAGAUGAUAUACUCUGACCAAGGUACCAACUUUAAGGCUAGGCUGACGCAGGAGCUAGAGAAAUGUCUGGGCAUUGUGCCCCGGUUUGCAACACCGGAUCACCCGGAGAGUUCAGGAGCGGUAGAGCGUUGGAAUGGUACAUUCAAGGGAAUGCUACGUCAUGUGAUUCAAAAGCAUGGGAGAGACUGGGACCGCAUGGUACCCUGUCUACUAUGGGCGUACCGCGAAAUCCCAAAUGAAACGACAGGAGUAUCCCCCUUUGAAGUGCUCUAUGGUCGGACGCCGAAUGGACCGCUGUCUAUCUUACGGAAGACAUGGAUUGGAGAAUGGACACCUCCAACUAGCUUGAAUUCUUCAGUGGAAGAAUACUUAAUGAAUUUGCGUAGAAAAAUGGCAGAAAUGGCGGAAGUUGCGGGAAAACAAUCACAGGAACGACAGGGUCGUUACGCGGUAGGCUAUAACCUCAGGGCGAAGAGUAAGACUUUCUCAGAAGCGGACCAAGUACUGGUUUUGGAUCCUAACCGUACGGGAAAGAUGGAAGCACGAUGGGUAGGGCCCGCAACGAUUUUAAAAGGUCAGCGGAAGGAUAGCUACAUGGUCAAAAUGCCGGACGGUUCGAAGAGGUGGAUUCACGCGAAUAAGCUAAGGCCGUAUAUAGCUCGUGUGAACGCUGUAGGUGUCAUAUUUGAUAACGAUGACGAAUUUGGAGACAUAGUUGAGGCUCCCUGA